CUCAAUUGCCCAUAAUGUCUAGGAGGGACGAAGGAAAACGACAGAAAUCAGAAUACCGGUCGAACCAGACAGAUCCCACCCAGCGACGCCCCUCCUUCGAACCCAAGCAGCCGUUCCCACCUCUCCCCGCAGACGAUUUCGCGACCAAUACCCUUGAGAUACAGACCAACACAUAUGCCGAAGACGUCGAUAAUCAAGAACUGCCAUCGCCUCUGCAUGCAGAUAUAGAAGCUGAAGAUGACGCAGACUUUCAGUCACAGUAUUCCUUAGGCGAUCAAUCUUUCUCGGACGCAUCCACGGACUCGGAGCAAUCGCCGGAUGAUGGCAUCUCAAUGCAUCACCCAUUCCGGCAGUCAUCCAGCUCACUUCAUGGCCUCAAUGCAUUUGCGCCUCCAUUCUAUAACCGCCCUCCGACGCCACUGCCGCCAUCCCCCUCGCUGACUUCUCUCCUCCGCCCUCCCUUCUCGACUACUACUUCGCGACCGACAACCCCCGACAGCUCGGAUGUGGAAACGCCCAACGACACGGAGGCUGCCGUCGCAAAGUCAGCGCGACGGGCAACAACGGUCCCACGCGCGAGCCCUAAGGUCCCGACGUAUGAAUAUUAUGGUUUCGUGUUAUAUCUCGCUUCCUCAUUGGCGUUUUUGAUCUACAUACUCUGGUCCUACCUCCCUUCCCCUUUCCUCCACCAACUCGGUAUAUACUACUACCCGAAUCGAUGGUGGUCGCUGGCCUUCCCCUCCUGGCUAGUUAUGUCUAUCAUUUACAUUUACGUCGCGCUGGCGUCAUACAACACCGGCUAUCUCACGUUGCCGAUGAAUAGCAUGGAGAAUAUCGUGGACGAGGUGGCUAAUGUAGCCGUCAUCGAUGGUAAAGGCCGACGACGACCCGGUGGCGGGGCCAAGAUGAAGCCUGGGGCGACCUCGUACCAGACUAUGGGGCCGCACAACCGCAGGGUCAAUUGGAAAGAGAUCUGGAGUGAAGGUACAGAUGCUGUGCUGGACGUUCCCGUGGGCGGUGUCUGUGAGGUGUUAUAUGGCCAGGAGAGGGAUGAUGACGAGUUAUGCGAGGAAGUGGUUGAUUGUUAUUCCUGAAACCUACGGCAUAAUAUGCCGAGAGUUGAUUGAAGGGUUGGAAUGUGCCAGUUCUACCUCACCUGUCGCGGAAGGCCCAUCUCUUGGCUCUUAUCGCGGGGUCUUUCGUU